CAGCCAUCUUGAUUCCUAGUUUUUUUAAGUUAAUGAUACCUUGAAUUUUUCAUCAGACACCUUGACAACAAACUCCAACUAACAAACGCAUUAUGUCCUCUUCCAACUCUUCCGCGGCGAAAAAACAAAGAAAGAAUGAUGCUAAACAGGAAAGCUGCGUUCUCUAAAGCUCGAAAGUCCGACUUUACGUGUCGUCCCUGAACAUCUCACUGGCGUCUUUCCCCCUCCCGGCAAACGGAGCCACAUCCAUCAGACCCACCGGACUCUCGGAGGUUCCAGCCCGCCCCGCAGACACACCGAACCUUUCAGCUCUCAGCCGGUCGCUGGCAGGUGACUCUGCGCGGGUCCGGUGUCGUGCAUCCGAACCGGGGAGCGAUGCGACCUCUGGGCGGAGGAGGAGACGAACCGAGCGGGCAGCAGCAGCGAACAGCUGGGAGGAAGAUCUGACUCAGUUCGUUAAAGAGAGAAAGGUUUACAGCAGUCAUCACGAUGACUGAUGGGGAUUACGACUACCUGAUAAAGCUCCUGGCCCUGGGGGACUCCGGCGUGGGGAAGACCACGUUCCUGUACCGGUACACGGACAACAAGUUCAACCCCAAGUUCAUCACCACAGUCGGCAUCGACUUCAGGGAAAAGAGGGUGGUUUACACGGCAUCGAAUCCAAACGGAACGGCAACAGGAAAAACCUUCAAGGUUCACCUCCAGCUCUGGGAUACGGCUGGACAGGAACGGUUUCGCAGCCUGACUACGGCGUUCUUCAGGGAUGCCAUGGGUUUCCUCCUGAUGUUCGAUCUCACCAGCCAGCAGAGUUUUCUAAAUGUCAGAAACUGGAUGAGUCAGCUUCAGGCCAACGCCUACUGUGAGAACCCGGAUAUUGUUCUGGUGGGGAACAAGGCGGACCUGGCUGAUCAGCGGGAGGUUCAGGAGAAACAGGCCAAGGAGCUGGCUGAUAAAUAUGGGAUCCCAUACUUUGAGACCAGUGCAGCUACUGGAGCGGAGGUGGACAAAGCGGUGAUAACGCUGCUGGACCUGGUCAUGAAGAGGAUGGAGCAGUGUGUGGACAAACCACCUGCUGAUUCAGCCAAUGGGAACGGAGCUACGAAGCUGGAAGCUUCUCAGCCCAGUGAGAAGAAAUGUGCAUGUUAAAGCAGGAACGACGAGGCGCGUCUCCUUUGUUCUCCUUUUACUUUACUUCCUGUCUGUUUGAUAGCAUGUUUCUCUUCUUCUCUCCCUGAAAAACAAACACGAGCCGCCUUAUUUUUGUUUCGGCUCAGCUUUCUUCCUGUCUGCCUCCCUGACGGUGAAACAGCUCUGGCUCCCUCUAGUGGAGGCCGGUGGGACCACCACGACAGCCAGUCGGCCUCCAGGAGUAACUAAAACCAGGAGGAGAUGGCGUCAGACACAUAAUGUGCCUCUUUAAAGACAUGCAGCCUGGAAAUUAAACUCUUUUUCUCGGUCUUCUUGUCAUUUGAAUGAUUUUAGAGAUAUUGAAUCAGAGCUUCAGUUGGAGCGCUUUAACUGUUUAUCGCCUCACAGCAGGGAGAAGGUUAAACAAUGGGUUUAAUCGGCCCUACGGUGAGUUUAAUAUCAGGCUGGAUGUCUGUGUGAAACUAGUCUUAUUCUCCUGAAGCUUCACGCUGAGGAUUAGUGGGACCAAUGUUUUAUUUAUUUUAUUUCUGGUGUCGUCAGCCUCAUGUAUGAUUUUCAGUUAUCAGUGAAAUUUAGUUGAUAAAUUAGUGCUGAAGGUGUUUUGUACACGUCUGUGGUGUGAAGCACUCCUGCUGUGUUUCUCAGCAUUACACCUGUUUUCGGUUUUUCUCUCUCGCGGUUUGAUUUGCGGCACUCUUUGGGGUGGUAGCUAUUUUGUUAGCCACAUGAGCUAAUUUGGGACUACUGAAGGUUUUUCAUUUCAGCUCGAGCCACUUUAAGCUGCAUUACAUUUUCAACUAUUAAUGAAAUAAAAGUGUGGAGAAAUGCAGCAGUCCUUUCUGAACGAGCUAACUGAGCACAUGGUCACAGUCGGGCAAAGACCCUGUAUCUCCAAAAAUGGAGAUCCUUACUCUGAUACCCCUUUAUUCAUAAGUCAUCUAUGAAACCAUCGAUAGAUGUUUCAGAAGACGAAUACAGCUGAUUCAUGUAAGCUAUGACUGGAGAUGGGUGGUUUUAGCCCGACGGUGCGGAUAUCGAACACUAGCGUUUAGCAGAUCGUCGCCAUUCAAGCACAAGUGAACAGUUUAAAGGUUAACUUUGUCUUCACGGAGUUUAUCUAACCAACAGACAAACUGACCGACUAGCUAACGUAGCAUCAGUAAUCGGCCGUGCUAGCAGGAUGCUAACCUAAUAUAAACAGCUCAAACGUGUGAGUAAAAGGUGGCCGUGUUCCUGUAACGUUUCAGUCAGAGGAAAUCGUCCCGCUUUACGUUCAGUUCUAAAUCCUUUGAAGCGCUGGCUUUUUAUCCCAUAGCAUUAGCAUGCUAAGAGUCAAGCUAACCUAGCCUGUUCCCAUUAUUUAGUUGGUUAAUUUAAAAAAAGUGUAAUUUGGCAUUGUUUGGUACUUUGCAUACUUUAAUACAACAUAUGUAAAAUGGCCAUGUAUUUUAUACAUAAAUGUGUUGUUUUCGCUGACCAGGUGUGCUUUAGAUGCUGAAAUAUGUAAGUUUGCUUUGGAGCAUCGCAGCGAGUGACAGAUGUUAGCUCAUCUAAACUUCUGCUGCUUCCACAGAAAACGGUUGUUAAGUGAGCUGGCUUGUUGUUCUAGUGGCGUGCCGUCACUGGAUCUUUACAACGUUUAACAGAAAAACACGCCAACAUGAAGCAUACGUUCAAUUUAUUUUCUUCUCAGUAGAAUAAAUUAAAUGAUCAACCUUAAUAAACUGAGACCCAAGAGUAGAAGCCGGAAGUGGGAACAAAUAUGCGCUGGUCACACUUCUGGGGGAUUUCUGUAAUUCUUGGUCAUUAAGAUGUUUUUGUUUUCUUCAGUCUUGAUAAAAAGACGGUGAGGAAAAAAAAGACUCAACAGAUUUUUGAUGAUGUUUCCUUUAAAAAAUCAGACAAAAUAAUCCUUUAAGGUAACAAACUACGUGGCAAAAGAUACCUGAAAUCAUUUUUUUCUUUCAGUUUUAUGAUGCGUUGUUAAAGCUGUGUGAGCAGGUCUAACAUCUGGAGGUCUUAGGUCUGCAUCCUUUACAGAAACCCAAAAGGUCUGGAGGCCUUGGUUAAUGUUAGUCCUGACUUGGGUCAUUACAGCUUUUACUUUUUUGUACUCGUUUAUGGUUUCUGGGCUCUCAGCCACUUCAACGUAUUUGACCCCAUUUCUAAACGAAACCAUACAUGAUUCUGCCGCCACCGUGCCAUGGUAUUUUGCCAAAACAGAGCUCUAAAAGUCAGUUCAUAUCUUUUACGUCUUUGUUUGAAAAACACUGUUUCAUGUAAGCAUUUUAAUUCAGAAAAAUCUUGUGGGUUUUGUUUUGUUUUUUAUUCGGCUACACGUAACGCCUUUAGGUGCAUUUUUGCUUCAGCUCUGUAAUUUAUUCUUUGGUUUCAUUCAUCUGAGGCUUUCAUUUUUCUCGUGAUUUAGGUGUUCAGUCUUGUGUUUGGUGAAACCCUUUUGUCUGAUCCAACAUAAAACUUGUGAGCUGCUGGAUGUUUUCAUGUAAAACUGAUGAUUAAUACCAAACAGAUGCAGAGUGAGCAGAAGCCCAGCUGUUUUUGUGCCAGAAAUGUCGGUGUAAUCAAAGUACCUCCGAGAGCUUUUAUUUUUGAGAAUCUGCGUGAAUUUGUUCUGAUGCCUGCAGUUUGUUCCUGUUUGAGUUUUCUCGGUUUGUGUUGAUGCCUGUACGUGCUUGCUGCGCAGUAAGAGCAUGUUUGACUCGAUGAGAGUGGAAUGAUCUGUGAUGAGUUUAUUGUAUCUGAUGCCAGAGCUGCAAAUAAAUCUUUGUUUGUUUUA